GGCAUGACACCCCUGAACACCAGGAUAGUUGGAGGUGAAGACGCACCACCUGGAAGUUGGCCCUGGCAGGUUAGUCUGCAGAUCUUUGGCGGCCAUGUUUGUGGUGGUUCCCUCAUCAACAAAGAGUGGGUAAUGACUGCUGCUCACUGCUUCUUCAGUGCAAGUCCCACCGAUUGGCAGGUCUCUCUUGGCCGUCAGAACCUUCAAGGCGAGAACCCCAAUGAAGUGACCAAGAGUGUUGACACAAUCAUAUUGCAUCCAAACUAUGACAGUGUCACCAGUGACAAUGACAUUGCUCUGCUCAGACUUUCCACACCAGUCCAAUUCACAGACUACAUCAGACCUGUGUGUCUGGCAGCGGGUGACAGUACAUUCAACAACGGUACUGAUAGCUGGGUCACUGGCUGGGGCGCAGUCCAGGAGGGAGUGUCAUUACCGUUCCCUGAAACUCUGCAAGAAGUGCAGGUGCCAGUUCUGGGAAAUCGACAGUGUAACUGCCUCAAUGGAGUGGGUACAGUCACAGACAACAUGAUUUGUGCUGGUGUUCUGGCAGGAGGCAAAGACUCGUGUCAGGGUGACUCAGGAGGUCCAAUGGUGAAUCAGCAGGGCUCCAUCUGGGUCCAAUCUGGAGUUGUGAGUUUUGGUUUUGGCUGUGCUCGGCCCAAUCUGCCGGGAGUAUACUCCAGGGUUUCCCGUUACCAGUCCUGGAUCGAGUCCCUCAUCAGCUCAGAUAAGCCCGGCUUUGUCCAGUUCACCUUCAAUGGGCUUGAUGCUGACAGCAGCUACACCUGUCCUGGCCUAUCACCACCUUCAACAACAAAACCAACAACAAAACCAACAACAAAACCAACACCAAAACCAAGUAUAAUCACCAAUCCUGCAAGGUCAGUGUGUGGCAAAGCUCCCUUGAAUAGCCGUGCUGUAGGUGACAGUGGUGUUGUACCUGGGGGAACGUGGCCCUGGAUGGUAAGCCUCCACAGGAAUGGGGUGUACACUUGUGCGGGAACCCUCAUCGCUGACAAUUUUGUCCUCACGUCUGCCCAGUGUGUCUCGGGCUCCAACCCAGAUGUCGGUGAGUGGACUGUGUUUCUUGGCCACCAGCAUGUGAACGGCUCUGAAGAGUUUGAGAUGUCUCUUGGCGUUGUGAAAAUUACAGUGAGCAAAAUGACUAGUUCAAACGUAGCACUGCUGCAGCUUGGCAAUCCAGUAAACUACAAGGAUUAUAUCCAGCCUGUGUGUAUGGACAUUAACAACGCCAGAACCUUCCCCAUUGGAAGUCAAUGCUGGGUGCCAGGCUGGGGGAAAGGGAGCAAGAACAGGGGUACUGAUAAAGCUGGCUCAGGUCUCCGAGACAUUGAAACUCAAGUGGCAGGAUGUGGAAAUGUUUCUGAUUCGGAGAACAUCUGCACUUAUACCAUGGAUCUUCAACAGGGGGAUCAGGGCGCCCCUCUACUAUGCAAGUCAGACUCUUCUUGGUUCCAGGUGGCUGUCGUGUCAAUGAGUGGAAGUAAAUCAGUCCGUGCAGAUGUUCAGGUCUUCACAAAAACGUCUAGAUUUGGAUCUUUUUUAAAGGAGACGGUUGGUGACAUGCCAACUCCAUCAGCAACAGGAAAUGCACCAAGUUUCUCAAUUUCCUUAUUCGUCUCUUUCACCGUCCCUAUUGCCUCAAUGUUCCUUUUGUGAUAAUGUUAGGGUUACUGUCAGUGAGGAUGGAUGAAGUUGUUCAUUACUGUACUUAAAAGUCAUCUUGAGGAACAGCUUUGAGCUCUUUUUUAAGGCUCUCAUUAUAUUCUUCUUCUUCUUAACUUUUUAUUUGUAAAGGGACCAUGUACAAUAUCAAACAUAAUUGUUACCAGAGUUAGAGUUAGUUAGUUUACAUCUGCAGUCCCUCGGCAGGUCACAAUUAAAACAUCACAUAGUAAUACAAACAUUAACUAGUCUGUUAAUGCACUUCAGAUACUCAGGUCAAAGUGAUAGAAUUUCUACAUUAUGAGACACUUCAAAAGUUUACAUUUUAUUGUUGUAUGGUUUUAAUACAUCAAACAGGGAAAUCUGUUUUUCAAAAUGUGUUUGUUUCAGUUAAA